AUGGCGGCGGGAUACGCUUGGUUCCUCGUGUUGUGUUCAGUUUUUUUGUGCAACUUAAUGAAAACACUCCUCCCGUCCAUAUCUUCGUUUCUAUCCAAAAUGGUGCAGAAGGAUGCUGAGCAGGAAAGUGAAAUGAGAGCAGAAAUUCAAGAUCUCAAGAGGGAGCAGUCCUCCAUAAGCAUGAUGGAUGAAUUUGCCAGAUAUGCACGGCUGGAGCGUAAAAUCAACAAGUUGACAGACCAGCUGAAAACACAUGUGAAAUCAAGAACUGCACAACAGGCGAAGAUGAAGUGGGUGGUGAACAUUGUAUUUUAUAUUUUACAGGCCUCUCUGAUGAUCUCCCUGAUAUGGAAGUAUUACUCUGAUCCGGUCACUGUGGUCCCCAGUCGAUGGAUAGCUCCUGUGGAGCGUCUUGUUGCAUUUCCCACAGGAGUGGCAGGUGGUGUGGGCAUUACAUGCUGGUUGGUAGUUUGUAACAAAGUAGUUACACUGGGUCUCAGUGCUGUGAGUUAAUAAUAUUAUUUUUAGUCGUCACUGUUUUUUGUUUUGUUUGCCUUCUCUGGGUCAAAA